AUGCAAAUUGCAUCCCAAGAGGACCCUUCUUGCAAAAUUUGGAUGCAAAUUUGGAAGAGCAAGAUCCAUGAGAGGCAUAAGAUCAUGUGGUGGCAGAUUCUGAUGGAUGCUCUCCCUUGUAAGGCAAAAGUGGCAAGAUUCUUGCACAUGGCUAAUUCAAAAUGCACCUUGUGUAAUCAUGAGGAGAAAAACACUCUACAUUUUCUCUGGUCUUGCCCAGUCUCAGCUAGGCUAUGGUUCUUAUACUGUUGGGGUAUUACUGCUGAGAGGGUGAGGAUAUCCUCUUGGAAGGAAUGGUUUCAAGUGCUAGGAAAUGAUUCUAAUAGACCUCCCACGUCAUCUUUCAAUGACCUCAUGCAAAGAGCUGCAACUAUUGUAUCAGUGAUUUGGAGGGAAAGAAACUCAAUAGCUCAUGGAGCACCUGUAGUGCCUUUUGACAUACUUUGUGGGUUGGUUGGUAGACCUAUUCAAGAAUGGGAUGCCUCGGUAGAAUUGGAUCAAAAUCGUCGCUGGUCCAACCCCACACUUGGCUAG